GUGGGGGGAGAAGAGAGAGACAAGAGAGAGGAGGUGGAGAAAUAAAGCCUAGGAGGACGCGAAACAAAAGCACAACCGUGGGUGCCUGCAACAACCAUGAGCUGCGGCGGCUUGCACUAUUCACCAGAGCUGCUGCUCUACCCGUGGACUAUGUCGUGAGGUGUGUCUCGCAACGUUAAACAGGGAUUCUGUCCGUCAAACCGAUAGUAGCACGCCAAGCAAGGGUGCUGCUGGUAGAAAAGAUGUCGUCCGUCUCUGUGGGGCACCAGGGCGGCCCUCGCCCACCCACCGCGCCGCCGACCAUCCCCGAACUGCCGGACCUCAGCCAUCUCACAGAGGAAGAGAGAAAAAUAAUCAUGGCAGUGAUGGAUCGGCAGAAGGAGGAAGAGGAAAAAGAAGAAGCCAUGUUAAAGACGCUGCACCAGCAGUUCGACAUGUACAAGGAGCAGGUGCGUCGCAUCGGCGUGGAAACGCGGCGCCAGCAGCAGGGCCAGCACAAGGACGACGCCCCGACCUGUGGCAUCUGCCGCCGGACCAAGUUCGCCGACGGCUGCGGGAACCUCUGCUCCUACUGCCAGACCAAGUUCUGCGCCCGAUGCGGCGGACGCGUCUCCUUGCGCUCCAACAACGAGGACAAAGUGGUUAUGUGGGUAUGCAACCUGUGUCGUAAGCAACAGGAGAUCCUCACCAAAUCAGGAGAAUGGUUUUCGGGGCCAGGGCCGAGGCAGAUGAGCCUGGAUGGCGGCCUGAACACCACGCCCACGGGGGGUGAGUUGCAACGGGGGGACAGGAAGCUACUCCGCUCCAGGUCCCAGGCCCCGCCCCCUUCCAGGGCAAACACAGGGGCGGUGCCUGACGGAACUCGCCUGCUGCCAACGGGAACUGCCAAGGGAGCGCCGGACGCCAUGCCAGCGUCACGCACUCGAAGUGAACCGCCACGAGACAAAAAAAGGCCUUUAUCCCUGCAUGAGCAGAAUGGUAAGCCUGGUGGUGUUGGCCGCGGCAGAGGUGGCCGUGGACCCCCGGGGAAGCUUCAGUCUGGGGCCUCCCAGGAGGAGUUCUGCGGUCCCGGGGACAGAGACCGGCGGGACGGCCAGCGCCUGGAGAAGGGCUGCUCCCAGGAGUACCCCGAGGCGGCGGAGGGCGAGCCCCAGAACCGCCAGGACUCCCGGCGACGCCCCUCGGAGGAGGACGAGCUGGAACGCAAGCGGCGCCAGGAGGAGGAGUUCCAGACGCGCUACCGUAGCGACCCCAACCUGGCACGCUACCCGGUCAAACCGCAGAAGGAGGAGCAGGAGAUGCGGAUGCACGCCAAGGUGUCGAAGGUUCGCCACGAGCGACGCCACAGCAACAACGCCAUCAACGAGGUGGGGCUGGAUGGCGGGGGAGGAGGGGGAGGGAACAUCGGAGGCGUACCCGACAAUCGCCUCCGAAGAGGCGGCGGCGGGGAACCGGACCGCAAGGCUCUCCUGGAGAACCACUGCGGCUAUUCCACGGACAGGACCACGGGGGGUGUUGGGGGUGGCGGACAACAGGGCGGCCCCCCCCACCUUAAGCAGAACCAGAACCACGGGUCCUUUCAGCCGUCGGGCGGCGCCCAACGUCCUGGGCCCCAUCCUGGGCCUCCUCGCCCGCACCAAGGGCCUCCUCCCCCGGCGGGAUGGGACCCGCCUAAGGGACCUCACCCCAGUCAGCUGGACCCCGCUUCCCAGGCAGCCGCGGCGCACAGGGGCCGGAGGGAGAAGGCCGGGGAGAGCCUGCCGCGGAAGGACUCCCAGAGCUCGGACCAGUCGGAGUCCCUCCGGCCGCCCCCACCCAGGCCCUACAAGAGCAAGCGGGGUGUUAACAAGAGGCAGAUGUCCAUCAGCAGCUCAGAGGAAGAGGGCGGCUCCACGCCAGAGUACACCAGCUGUGAGGACGUGGACAUGGAGAGUGUCAGCGAGAAAGGUGACUGGGACUGCUAUCCUCUGGAUCCUGCUGUCUGGCAUCAUCCAGUAACGUGGCAGCCUUCCAAGGAGGGCGACCACUUAAUCGGGCGCAUUACUUUGAGCAAGAGGUCGGCCAUGCCCCGCGAGGCCGGCUCCUUACUGGGGUUAAAGGUUGUGGGUGGAAAGAUGACGGAGACCGGGAGACUGGGGGCUUUCAUCACCAAAGUCAAGAAAGGAAGUCUGGCUGACAUUGUUGGCCACCUACGAGCCGGUGAUGAGGUACUUCAGUGGAACAGGAAGUCAUUGCCGGGGGCAACCAAGAAGGAAGUGUACAAUAUUAUUCUGGAAUCCAAGGCGGAGCCUCAAGUAGAAAUAGUUGUUUCAAGGCCUAUUGGAUCUGUCCAUCGCGUUAUUUCCAAAAACUUGUUGAGAAAGGUGUAUAGAGCAUAUCAAGACAUACCAAGAAUACCAGAAACAUCACACCCUCCUUUGGAAUCAACAGGCUCCAGUUCCUUUGAGUCUCAGAAGAUGGAGCGUCCGUCCAUCUCCGUCAUGUCUCCCACCAGUCCUGGUACUCUCAGAGUCCUCCCAUUGAUCCUGCCUGGACAGCUCUCAGUAAAGCUGUGGUAUGACAAGGUGGGCCAUCAGCUGAUUGUAAACGUCCUUCAAGCCAUAGACCUCCCCCCUCGACCGGACGGGCGACCCAGAAACCCAUACGUCAAGAUGUAUUUCCUCCCUGACCGGAGUGAUAAGAGCAAGCGCAGGACCAAGACAGUGAAAAAGAGUGCCGAGCCCAAGUGGAACCAGACGUUCCUGUAUCCCCACGUCCACCGCAGGGACUUCAGAGAACGCAUGCUGGAAAUCACUGUCUGGGACCAGCCCCGGGUACAAGAGGAGGAGAGCGACUUCUUAGGAGAGAUCCUGAUAGAGCUGGAGACUGCCCUUCUGGAUGACGUGCCACACUGGUACAAACUGCAGACACAUGACGUGUCCUCUCUACCUCUGCCCCAGCCCUCCCCUUACCUCCCACGCCGACAAGCCUCCCACGACAGUCCUAGCAAGAAAUUACAGAGGUCGCAUCGCAUCCUUGAUACAGAGUUUGAUGACUCAGGUGCGGAGCGUAACUCGAGGGAGCGGGAAAGAAACAGCACUCUGACCGUCCCGGAGCAGCAGAGACUGGUCCAACACCGGUCCCGUUCCGUUUCCCCCCACCGUGAGGACAUAACCAGGACCCGGUCUCGCCCGGCACAUGUCCCCAUGCAGAGGAGUCUGGAUGAGAUCCACCAGAACCGACACCACUCCUGUUCCCCGUCCCGCUACCAUGACUCCCACCAGGAGCACCGCUCUGGAGACUCGGAUUAUGAGUACUCUGAGGACAGUGAGGUCCUCGAGAUGCACAGGUCUAUCCGAGGCGGGAGUGCCGAGUGCCUGCACACAAACAGAAGCGUAGCUAGGUCUAGCCAUACACUACCACCCAAAAUGCCUCUGUUAGUAAAUGGAAUCCACAAGGACAUAUACAGCUCCACCCUCCCAGCAUGCCUAAAGAGCAAGCCUCUCCGGGCCCGUCAGGAGGGGGGCGCUCUCGCCCCCCGCAGUGUCCUCACUCACCGCGUGCUCAGGUUCACUGAUGAGGUCACCGUUAGUGAUCUGCAGCCCAGUCUGGACCGGGUGAGGAGUGCCAGUACCACCUGCCUGAAGCCUGACACCACCUUCCACUCCCCUGACCGAGACAGGUGCCCCAAUUCUCUGCCCCACAGACUGCCCACAAGCCCCAGGAUUUUAGUAGAGCAUGCCUCCCCAGAAGAAGAAAGGCAGUCUGGAAGUCUGGGCAGGCCUAACAGUCAGAGAGGUGGCCGCAAGAAAGGCCUGGAGACUGACAGCUUUCUGUCGUUGGUUUGUUCUUUUCUUUCGUCGUGGCCUGAUGAUGCCAGUCGCAUGCAGCCCACUUCUAUCCUGAGGGGAAGUAGAGGGCGAGGGGGUCCGUUGAAACCCUUUAGUCAGACGCCUCUGGGCGGAUCAGCCCCCAACUCACCACGACCAGACAGAGCACACACCCACAGCCCGUCCCCUCCUACAGGGACUCCCCAGUCAGGCCGCAGGGGCAGACAGCUGCCACAGGUCCCUGCCAGAAGCAGUAGCAUAGAGCAAGAACAUACACCCGUAGAUAUUAACGCUGCUGGUAAUAAACCUGAAGAAAGAGCUCUGGCGGCGGAAGAGCGAGCGCGACAGAUGAACAUGAAAGUACAUUCCUACCGGCCUUCAGCCUCCCACGACCCUGAAAACGACCUCAAGACCAAACGAGAGAUGUACGCGGAUCAGCGGCGGAGCAGUGACAACGUCUCGGCGCGGUCUUCGGACAGCGACAUGAGCGACGCGUCUGCCCUAUCCCGUGCCAGCAGCGCCUCCCGCCUCAGCAGCACCUCCUACAUGUCCAUCCAAUCAGAACGCCCGAGAGGCCGCCUCAGGUCCAAGUCCUUAGAGGAGGAAAAGAAGGACAGGAGGAUCUCAUGGGGGGUGAAUGGAGAGGAGGACAAGAAGAAGAUGGCGGGGAAGAGGCGUUUCUCUCAGGAACUGAAAAGGAGGAGACACACUGUGUCGGGGGACCCCAAGGACGCCAGUCGGCAGGUCCGCACAGCGCCGGGCAGGAGCAUGCUGAAGAGCACCAGCGUGAGCGGCGAGAUCUACACGUCAGAGCGCACCGACGGCAGCCAGUCGGACACGGCGCUGGGCACAGUGGGCAUGGGCGGCAAGAAGAGGCGCUCCAGCCUCAGUGCGAGGGUGGUGUCCAUCGUCUCCAACAGACGCAGCCGCAGCACCUCGCAGAUCAGUGGCCCCGAGGGGAAGGGGAAAAAAGAGAAGGGUCCCUCCAUCCAGAGGAGCACGGAGACGGGCAUGGCCGUGGAGAUGACCAGGAACAUGAGCCGGCAGUCCAGUAAAGAGUCCACCAACGGGACCAUGAACAGCUACAACUCGGAAGGAAAUCUGCUGUUCGGCGGGGUGCGUCUGGGACAGCCGGGCAACCAGUUCAGUGACUUCUUGGAUGGUCUGGGUCCGGCCCAGCUGGUGGGCAGACAAACCCUUGCCACACCUGCCAUUGGUGACAUCCAGAUCGGCAUGAUGGACAAGAAGGGUCAAUUGGAGGUGGAGGUGAUCAGAGCUCGGGGCCUGGUCCAGAAGCCUGGAUCCAAAUCCCUCCCCGCUCCGUACGUCAAGGUUUAUCUGCUGAACAAUGGAGCAUAUGUGGCCAAAAAGAAAACCAAGAUUGCACGGAAAACACUCGACCCACUGUACCAGCAAGCCCUGCAGUUCGAGGAGAGCCCACAGGGUAAAGUCUUACAGGUGAUCGUCUGGGGAGACUAUGGACGAAUGGACCAUAAAAGCUUCAUGGGAGUUGCACAAAUCCUAUUGGAGGAGCUAGACUUAUCAAGCACAGUGAUUGGCUGGUACAAGUUGUUCCCGCCCUCCUCCUUGGUGGACCCCACACUAGCCUCCCUGACUCGACGUGCUUCCCAGUCGUCAUUGGACAGCUCCUCGGGCCCACCAGGCACUCGAUCCUAGUGGACCAACGGGGAAUAGAGCUACCAAUCUUAGUGGACCAAUGGGACAAUUAGCGAUCUUAUUGCUUUUGUGUAACGAAUGAACAUUACAGUAGAGAUUAACGGACAAACAUCAUUCUAGAACAACAACAAUCAAGAAACAGAAUCACAAUGAUGAAAAAAAGCUUUGUUGAGAUCUGACAAUCACUCCUGUCAACGUUUAUUUUGUGGUUUGCUUUAGAGAGCUCUACGUUUCGAUGUUUCAUUUUAGUAAAAAAAUUGUCAUCGUUUGUUCUCGGUUGUGAUCUAAGAACUAGAGCUGUUGGUAAUAAACAAUGUCCGAUAGCUAGGUAGGGCUGCUCUGUAGUCGAGCGAUAAGGAGACACUCGAUUUAUAUGAGACACUUUGUAGAAACUGAAUUAUCUAUAAUAAUUAAAGAAGCAGGGUGGUGGUUUUUAGCCGAACCAUCAAAAAAACUAAAAUGUACAGUAUGUUAGCGUCAGAAUGUAUGGACCCAAGACAGAGGUGUCAUCCUCCCUGCCAUCCUGGGGGAGCGUAAUGUCCACUGCGCUGUGGCCCCUGUCCGGCUCCCAGGCAGACUGCCAGCACUUCGGCCUCCAGGUUCGAGUGCUUCUGGGUGGGGUCGGUCAGGAUGAGCAGGGACCUCCCUUCUGGUGCCUAGACUUUGUAGAUUCACAAUUCUGGUCCUUAUCUGUCAAAAAAUCCUUUUUUGUUUUUAGUAUGUUUACCAUGGCUGGUCUAAGCCACUCUUUUAUUUUCAUCUUUUGUUGCUUUCAAAAAAAUGUCUCCCCAUUUGUUACUUAUGGCACAAAAAUGUUUUUAUGAUGAGUAUGAGGUUUACGAUACGUUGUCUGAUACUGUAUGUGUGCAUGGAGAUAAAAAAGACACAAAGAGAAAAAAAUAAGUAAUAGAGAAAAAUAAAAUUAUGUGUCUGCAAUGAGAUGCAGGGGACUGUUCGGGGACAGAGCUUAAAUUAAGAUUUUUACACUUGACUAUGAGAUUAGAGUGGAAUUAUUAUACUAUGUUGUUUUCUUCAUUCAAUCACAGACAAAAAGUCCAAACCAGUAUUCUUUGUAUAGAUGUAUAUUAGAUCUCCAAGGAGGUUGACCAAUUAAUAUAAUUAUUAAUGUCACUUUGAAGUGUCACCAGGGUGUGAACAAGUCACUGUAAAAAAAAAGAAAAUCUAUUUCCACCCUCACAUUAAAAAGAUACAUUGACAACAGUA